AUGGAAACUGUCAACAAAUACGUCAACGCUGCUUCAACUGCCAUCUGGGGCGAGAGUAACUCCCCUCAAGCCCAACAGCACGGCGAAGAGCCCAUCUCCGGUGUUCAAGGCAAAGGACGUGCCACAGAUCCCUAUGAUGCCGGCAACCGCGAUGAGCAACCCGGCGCAAUCCAAUCAGAAGUCAACACCGCACCCCAGCAUCCCAUCAUAAACAACAAGCCCCAAGAAACCGAUGUUACUAGCAUCACCACUCCCCACGCCCCAACCUCCAUCAGCGCCUGCACCAGCGUGACCCCGGCUCUGUCCAUCUCCGGCGACCCUACGGACGCUACGGAAGCCAGCGAAAGCAAAGACAACAACGACCCCACCUCCAACCAAGAACAGCGCAGUACCUCGCAGGCCGAAGGUGGCGAGAGCAGUGACGCUCACCGCCCAGCACAUGCUCAUGACGUGAGUAAGGAGGCGCUGCAGGGCCCGCAGGGUCCUGCGCCAAGGCCUGCUGAGGACUUCGAGAAGGAGUAUAGAGGAAAGAAGCCCGCGGGUAAGGAGGAUGACAUUGAGAAGAGUUCUUCAAGUGAAUCUAGCGGGAAGAGCAACGAGUCGCCUUGGAGCGACAAGUCUGAGCCUUCUUCUCAUGGUAGUGGGAAGCAGAGUGCUAUGUCGAAGGUGAAGGAGACUGUCAAGAAGCAUAUUCAUCAUUCGAGCAAUUAA